CAACGGUGCACGUUAGCAAGACAUACCCGUCUCCCGCUUGUCACCUUUCGCAAUCAAGGCACGGCAACAGAUAUUAUUAUAUAUAAACCGAGUCAAAAGCAUGAGUCGUUACAGUGUUAUGACUUCCUGCAGACUUGCACCAAAGGUCAAUGAUGGAAAGCCAUUGCCGUCAUUUGACGAGCUUCCCAAUUUCCACAACUACAAAGGUUGUGCAUGGGGAUUAUGGGGAGAGGACGACCAGCUUGGAACUGUCAAUUUGCUGACUGACGAUGUGGUCAAGCAAGCGGCCACGGAAGAGAUCAGAACGGGUCAAAGCGUAUCGUUGAAUUGGCCAAUCAACUUUCCGGAGAAGCCGUUAUUCAAACGCAAAGCUGCGCAAAUACUCAUGAUGCCUGAUGAGCAAGGAUAUGCUCACCGAGAAGAUGAGAUAGAAAUGGACACACAAUCGGGUUCGCAGUGGGAUGGUAUGACCCACUUGGGCGUCGUGGACCAUAACGUUUUUUACAAUAAUACUCCUAAGGAUAUGCUGCUAGGUGGCAAGGUUCCCAUUCCUAAUCCUAUGAACGUAGAUCCACGAUUGUCCAGGCUAGGGAUCCAACACUGGGCAGACCAUGGAAUUUGCGGUCGGGGUGUGUUCCUCGACCUCGUUGAUUUCUAUAUCUCUUCUGGAGAUCCUAUACCGUACGAUCCCUGGACCAGUUAUGCGAUCAAGGUGCCGGAACUCGAGGCAUGCGCUGCGAAGCAGGGCGUAAAGUUCAGGACAGGAGAUAUUCUGCUCAUCCGUGUAGGCCAUAUCAAACGUUACAACGAGUCGUCGCAGGAGGAAAAGGAUGCUGUGGGAAGCAGGGACGAAGAGACAUUGGCCGGGAUCGACCAGUCAGACGAUAUGAAGCGUUUCCUAUGGGACAAUCACUUUUCCGCUAUCGUCUCUGAUCAACCUGCUUUGGAGCGUUGGCCACCACCGACAGGUGUGCCUCAUAUUCACCAGACGAUCUUGGGUUUGUGGGGUAUGCCCAUCGGUGAAAUGUUUGACCUAGAAAAGUUGUCGCAAGUCUGCAAGAAAACGGGUCGAUACACUUUCUUUUUCUCGUCGUGGCCUCUUCCAAUCAUCGGCGGCUGCGCCGCGCCUCCCAAUGCUGCCGCAAUGUUCUAAAUUCGGGGUUGCGUAGCGGAUUUGAUCAUAUAGAAUACGCUUGAAAGAAUGCCUUAAUAUGCGUCGUGUUAAAUUGUUCUGUCUGCACUUAGAGGCGUACGAAAUAUUCAUGUUUAACA